AUGACAAGGCAGAGUACAUUUGAACAGAAGUCCAGGAAGAUUGAAGAGGUAGAGAACAGGAUAAAGCGACAUUGGUACCCUGUGUUGCUUGCAGCCAUUGCCAUGGAUCUACUGCUCCUCGUAGCAUUCUUUUACAUCGUCUACGAAGCCGAUUACUACAAUGUCAGCAAGAGUGGCUACCUCUGGAGGUCUUGCAUCAUCAUAUUUGCGCCGUUGCUGCUCGUCCUGCUGAUGCUGUUCUGGCCUUACUCUGAGGAGUGGACAAAGCGAAGAGAUGCCUUCUCUAUGAGGAAGUCGUCUCGACGAUGGCGAGAUAUUGUCAACAUUCUCAACGCCGCCGCAUGCUUCGUGUUUGUACUCGCCUACCUCCUGCUUAGUGCCAUCCCAAAGUACAAUGCCCCAACAUGGCAGACAUCGAUAGACGUCGCUGCCGUCAUGCCAGUCCCGGCUAUCGCCAUGAUCGUGCUCGAAAACGAUGAUCUUCUCUCUCCAGCGCGUUUCGCGAACGAAACCUAUGACGGCGUACCCAUCGGCUUACCGGCUUUCGUCUCUUCCACGAACGUCACGAACAAUCUCACGUACACCGGACCGCCAGCGUUGUAUAGGCAACAGGAGGUGCUUCCCGCUUCAAUCGUGAAUCUUUCGAUUGACGCAAUUGUGUCGAAUUCUACUAUUGUACAGCCGACCGUUGGAACUCCGUUACAGGCUGGCAUCUACGGUACGGUGCUGCUUCAGUACGAUAAAGACGUAUUUGAUGCGCGCAGACGCAAUUCCACCGGUGUUGCUCCGACCAUGAUCCUCAGUGCCUUCGAUCCCCGUCUAAGCCUCGCCGAAGUCGCCCUCUGCAGCAUUGUUCAAACCUCGCUAGUAAACGCUUUUGCCCAGAACAACUUCCAAAUGACAGUGUCACAACUCAAAGACCCGAGAAGCAAGAUGGUCCGUCCAACAGUAAUGGACCCUAUUUGCGAGCGAGCCUAUCACCUGCUGGAGACCGCCAAUCCGCCCAUUGCGAACUACGACCUCCGCCUCACGAGCAGCCAGACCACCAAUGGCAACUUUUCCGAAGAGUGUGUCAUAGGACAGACGCCGGACCAAACAUGUAUGGGUGGCUUCUCGCUUGUCUAUUCGAGCCAGUUCGUGACCACCCAGAUCAGUGUCCCAGGCAAGAGCAAGCAGGAUAUCUGGAUCGAUUGUGGUGCUAUUGUGGGUGCGGUGCAAUUCUUUGCGUGGUUUCUCUUUGUGUUCUUCCAGGAAUGA